AUGAAAUUUAUUUUUUUAAUCUUAUUUUUAUUUAAUAUUUUUUUAAUUGUGUCAUCACAAUAUGAUGUAUUUAAAAUACAAGCAAAGAAUUGUGAAAAUGGUGUAUUAAACUUGGAUGAAUGUGGCAUAUUUUGUAAUAAAAAUGCAAAGAUAUCAAAAAUGUACAAUUCAUAUUUUCAAAUUUCAUUCUUUACAGAUUAUGAUUGCAAAAAUCAAGGUUACUAUGAAAACACAAAUUAUCCAUUUAUUGUUAAUUUUAAUUGCUAUGAUGGAUAUAAUAAUCAAGUAAUAGAUGGGGAAAUAACUUGUUCAACAUUAAUUUCAAAAUAUUAUUCUUUCAAAUUUGUAAAAGGUCCUUGUGUCGAUGAUAAAAUAGUUACAAUAGGUAAAUGUUCAUCAGUAUGUGGUACAAAUAUUAAAAUCAAUUAUGAUCCUUUUCAAAAUUACACUAUUACAACCUACCCAUCAAAAGAUUGUACUGGAAUUGGAAGUACUGAAUCCUAUGGUUCCAUUGAUUGUAAAGAUGCUUUAUAUUCAAAAACUAAAAAUGAUCAAUAUUUAUCCUGCUUCAAUUCAAUACCAAAUCCAGAACCAAAUGAAUCAAAUGAACCAAAUUCAUCAAAUGAACCAAAUUCUUCAAAUGAACCAAAGGAAUCAAAUGAACCAAAUUCAUCAAAAUCGUCAAAAUUAAUUUUAAAUAUUUUCUUAAUAGCAUUUUUAUUAAUAAAUAUAUUAUUUUAA